AUGUCUGCUUGGCGUUCACAGGAAGGCGUGGAGUGCUCCUUCCCCACCUCGUCCAUUCUCCCUUUUCACGCCUCCGAACCUUCACCAUUCUCAAAGGAGACAAACGACAAGUUUUUUUUUUCUCUUCCUUAUUCCCCUGAUGUUUCUUCUCCCUCUCCCCUUCGACCCUCCCUUCAACCUUCCCUUCUCCCUCACCCUUUCCUCCCGCCCGUGCAGUUCCUAGCGUGGGCAGCAUCCCACGGGCUGUAUCUCUCCCCAAAAGCACGAAUCAGGCUCACACCAGACAUUCCACCAGAGCCUCUCGAAUCCGCUACAGACAGCCCCACUAUAAAGACGAAAACCACUGGCAGCACCAGCAGCAGCGGCAGUGGUGCCGGUGGUGGUGGCAAGGGUGGUAGCAAGAAGGGGGGCAAGGGUGCAAAAGGGGAGAGUGGAGGGAGUGGGGUGGUGCGUUUGGUGCGAGGGCUGGUGGCAGAGGCGGAUAUGGAGGCGGGAGACACGCUGUGCAAGAUACCGAUGUCUCUAGCCCUUUGGUUCAACACCGGUCAGGAAGCAGAUGCGGAGGGAACACGAGGAGUGGCAGGAGUGGGUGGGGCGACUUUUGAAACGUCUCAAAUCCAGGAAGGAGAUGCAGAGGGAACACGAGGAGGAUUGGCAGGAGCAGGUGGGGCGGGCGGGGCGAAGGGAGGCGGGAGCAUGAGGGAGAGGAUGAGGGAGAUGCGGCAGCGGGUGCUGCAGGGGAGGGCGGCUGCUAAGGCCGGCAUUGGCGGCGGUGGGAGGAAGCAACUGGGGUGGGACCUGGUCGCUCUGCGGAUUCUUGAAGAAAAAGCAAAGGGUGAUGCCUCCCCCUGGGCGCCCUACAUUCGCUCCCUGCCUCCCUCUGUUCCUCUGCCCAUCUUCCUCCCUCCUGAGGAGGAGGGAGAGGUGCAGUGGGCAUCGACCAUGGAGCAGGUGAAGCGGAUGAACGAGGAGAUCAGAGAGACAUACCACAAGCACCGUGAUUCCACGCAUCCCACCCUUUCCUUUGAUGAGUACAAGUGGGCGGUUUCAAUGGUUCACAGCCGGGCUUUCACUCUGCCAGUCAGGCCGGGGGGCAAGUUUGAGCAGUUUGUGAUGAUGCCGUUCAUGGAUGCCAUCAACCAUCAUUACAACAACCACAUGGACUGGAUGGCAAAGCCUGUCUCAUCUGAGGGGGUGUUGGAGAUCCGGCUAAAGCGGGCUGCCAAGAAGGGAGAGCAGCUCUUCACCUCCUUCGGCCCUCGCAGCAACGAGAACCUCUUUCUCUACUAUGGUUUCAUUCUGGACGGCAAUCCCUUUGACAGCCUCGCUCUCUUCCCUUCCUUCGAAGACUCGGUGCGCUGGCUGCUCGACCGCGUCUACACGGACUGCCGCUCCGACUCCCUCCAGCGCCACAUGACCGUCGCAGCCAUCGCCGGCGCCUCCUCCUCCGCCGCCUCCUCCGCCGUCGCCUCUGCCGCUGUCUCUUCCUGCUCCCGCAUCUCCUUCACUCAGGCGUGGAAGCAUGCCCGUGCGGCCCUUGAUCGGCCCUCGUCGCACGAUGCUUCUCGGGGGUUUGAGCAGGACAGGAACCUCUGGUGGGAUUUAAUGAACAGCUGGGCUUCGUUUGGGUAUGAGAUCCUGCCGUACCGGGCAGGUCCGGAUGUUCGUCCGGCCGGGAGGGUUGAUCCGAGCCUGCUCGCCGCGCUUGCCGCGGCGGCUCGGUUUGCAGCUUCGGCGCCGAACCGGACGCUGCCUGCUGGUGCGUUUCCGAGGUGCCCACCUGGUUGGCGGAAAGAUGGGAAGAGUGGAGGCGGUUGGGGGAGGGUGGGUGGUGGGGGUGAGGGGAAAGGAGGUUUGCUCUGGCCUAGAUGUUGCCGAACCAAGGCAUGGAGGAUAGCUUGCCGGAGUGAUGGGGUUGGGGGGAAAGGGUCAACCGAGUCAACUGAGUCAACAGGGAAUGAGGUGGAUGAUGAAUUGGGGGAUGAUGGGGAGGUGCAGACAGGAGGGAGCUCAGGCAGAUCUGCAGGGUCAACGGACGGUGAGGAUGUAGCAAAAGCAGCAUUAAGAGCUGCCAAGGCAGCAGAGGACGAGGCUGCAGUGGCUGCAGCGGAGUAUGUGAAGCUGCUUAUAGUGAGGCGGUGCCGCGAGCUGAUGAUCGGCAUGGCCACGCCGGCGCACUACGAUUGGUGGCUACUGCAGGAUGUGGAUCGUGUGGGAGGGAAGCUUCUGGGAAGCGACGGAGGGGUGGAUGGGACAGGAGCGAAAAGAAUUGGUAGCGGUGGUAUGGGAAGCAGCAGCAGCAGUGCUGCUGGCGGUGGUGGUGGUGGUCGCAGUGGUAGUGCUGCCAGUGGUGCUGAUGGUGGGAGCAGCAGUAGCAGUGGGGGUGACGGUGCUGGGGUUGGAGGGGAGUUAGAGAGGGAGGGUGAGAUGCAGUGCAAGUUCAGGGGGCAGGUGUUGUCGCCGCAACGGUUGCUUGCUGUCAAGUAUCGGCUCAGUAGAAAGGAGAUGCUGCUGGCUGUUAUACGACGGCUGGAAGCUGGACUGUAG